GCGUGUCUGGCGGGAAGUGGAGCCCUGGAUUCCACGCGUCUAUGGAGUAUUCGGAUCUCAGAGUGUGACCACGCGGCGGCGGACAGAGGAGCUCGGGGAGACAGAGCACGGCGGCCCUGAUCGAAGCCGCAUCCCCCACCGCAGCUGGGGUGAAGGUGGAGUUGCUAGGAUGCGCAGCGGUGGAUCAAUCCGUCGUGGUGCUUUGCAUUGUUGGAAAAUAAUUUGGUAGAUUUUGGUAGAUUUUGUUCGUUCGAAAUGAAUCACACAUACCAAAUGUAUCUCCGGCAAUUCAGGGAUUUGUUUAGGCCGAGAUGAUUUGCUCCCAUAAAUCUCUGAUACUUGGCCAUCGCACGCCAUGGGUAAACAGAAUUGUUUGAGCCCUGGAGGAUCACGACUCGGAGACUCGAUCAGGAGAAGAGUAGGAUCACCCUUCGGACUCCCUUUGUCCGUCGGACUCCCUUUGUUUCUACUCUUGUAGUAGAAUAAAAAACUCUCCAACGACCACAGCCGUUUCCUGGCGGUAUCUCUGCAACCGAGAGCUUGAUUUCGAUCCCUGGAUUUGCUCGCGUCCAAUUCCUCUUAUUACUAGACAAAUCCUCUCGACCUCCCUGAUGAAACACCAUUGUACGGACCACCCGAUCACCAAAACGCUGACACCGUCUUACUCGACCCUCCGUAGCCCAAGCCGUUACAGGUUAACAAUGAUCAACCAUACAGUGUGCAAAAUAACUUCCUCAAAUCAUAUCAGUGGGAAACCAAUCUUUAAGAAAGCGAGGCCAAACGUUAAACUGGAAGACCUUCCACAGGAUCUGCUGUGCACCAUAUUAUCGAAGUUGCCUGCGAAAGAGGUUUCAAGAGCUACUAUUUUAUCAAGCAAUUGGAGAUAUAUCUGUGCUAUUUGCUGCUACAAAUUAUGUUUCGCUGGUGCUACCGGGUGUUGCCGUGAUACUUUUGAAAGAAAAGAAUACCUCCAGUACAUGCAGAAGUUCAUCGAUAAUGUCAAUACAAUCGUGCAAAAGUGUCGUGGCAAGUUCCUUGAAGAAUUCCAUGUCAGAUUCGAGUUUGAUGCAAUGCUGGUUGAUCCUCUAAAUAAAUGGGUUAAUUUUGCGGUAUCAUCACGGACAAAGAGCAUAGCUGUCAAUUUACGACCUAUUAACAAGAGACGUACAGAUGUUGAUCGCUACGCAUUUCCUUUUCACCUUUUGGAUAAUGGAAGCAACAUGUCUCAUCUGCAGUGUAUACAGCUUAGCUUUGUAUCUUUGAGACCACCAUCUGAAUUCAGAGGGUUCCCAAUCCUGAGAAAGCUUGAUUUGGAGUUUGUGGAUAUCGCUCUAAAGGAUCUUCAAGUUAUAUUGUCCAAUUGCUAUAAUCUUGGAUGGCUGAGCUUAGUCAGAUGCUUCCUGAAUGGCGAACUAAAGUUGGAUCGUCCGUUGUCCCACCUUCGACACCUAACAGUUGUAUACUGUAGGGUGACCAGGAUAGAAUUUCAUGUUACGAAGCUCGUUACCUUUGUAUACGAUGGACCCAUUGUUCCUAUUUUCAUUAAUCAAGAUUCUAAGCUUGAAAAUGCACAUAUAUGUUUUGACAAGACAAAUUUUCAAGAUGGUGCCACUUCACUCCUCAAUGGUAUUCCGAGCGUUCAAAAUCUGACACUAAAAAUUUUCGACCAGCGCUUAGAGAAGGAAUCACUGUUGAAUAGCCCAGGCAAGUUAUCCCGUCUUAGGUGCUUACAGUUGGUAAUGGGAUUAGGAGUUGAAGAUACCGACAAACUUUCUCAUGUAGUUUCCAUUCUGAGGGCAGCUCCGCUUAUCGAGAAGUUGGAGAUCAAUUUUUCUCCCAUUACUCACAUCUGUUUUGCGGACAAGGGUGCUUUGGGCAAGCAGCACCUUCAGCUGUGUGAAUAUAAUUAUCUGAAGAAUAUGCAUAUGACAGCAUAUAAAGGAACAAGAGGUCAACUUGAAUUUCUUCUGCAUGUUGUGGAAAAUGCCCCUGCGCUGGAGGAAUUAAUUGUGGACACUGCUAUACGGGAUUACGAAGAUCAAUACGCAGGCCUAUAUUGCAGAAAGAAAGCAUGCGCAGAGCGCGCUGUGCAGCAUGCUAGAUCUUGUCUCGGUGGAAAACUUUCAGCAAAGGUGAAACUUUGUGUUAUGUAG